UUCAACCAACAAACCUUUAACACAUAAAUAUAAUGAAUCUUAAAUACAGUUAGCACAUUCUCAGUGUUUUAAGCUUUAAGAGACAUUAAGUUUAAGGGCUUGUUUUAUGAAUUAAAUUAGGCAAAGCAAAACAGGCAGUUUGACUCACUUUCCAAAUGUAUUGAAAUACAGUGAAAACUGAAUCAUAAUCGAGAUUUGAGGAGGUGUUGUGGGGAUUUUUGUUUGGCAAACCAGAAUUUACGGGCCUUUCAACACCACUACGGCUUGGUAAACCAACAGAGCGAAGCUUGACAAAGACCGAGAGAGUGAAGGAGGGGAAAGGGGCGAUAGGGAAAGGGUGUAAACAAAAGAAGAAAUGAGCAAUAGUAAGAUGAAAGAAAAAAGAUGAGCGACUGGGUAUUAGGCUCUUGCAUCAUUUGCAUUCUGUGUUUCACCUUGUCAUUUGUCAGUUGUCAUUUGUUGACAUUAAAAUUAGGCCUCACUCUUGGGCCUGCUUAUUUGAGAUUUAUAAUACACAUAUGAAUCAUCAUUUUACUCUAAGUUUAAAAAAAGAAAGAAAGAAAUUAUAGUCUGGUCUGAAGUCAUAAAAAAUAGGUAAAAAAAAAAAGCAUUUCACUACACUUCUUACUGUUUGUGUGGUUGUGUGUGACAAAUAACAUUUGAGUUUGAAUGAUAAAAUUCCCGAUAAACUUACCCAAAGAUGUGUUGCACAGUGUUCCAACUGUAUUCCUUUAGAUAAUUUCGUAGAUAAAAUUCAAAGAUAAAAGUAUUUGCAGAAUUAUAAGAAUUUAUUGGAAUUCAUAUUUGUUACAAUCAUUAGAAUUAAAGUUAGUCCUCUAGAAAAUGCUCGGACCCAGCAUGUGCAUCCCAUUAAAAACCUGAAUGUUAGUCAACUCAACAGGAAGUAAGCUAAAGAAAUAUUCACUAAUAUUCACAUUCUGUCAUCUUGUUUUGAUGCUGUAGUGCUUUGUGCGUUGGCUGCACCAAAAGCCGAGGAACAGUUUGUAUAAAAAUGAACACAGAUAAAAUUACUCACGACACUACAUCACUAUUUCUCGCCCUGUGCUAACACCCACUUAUUACAGUCUACAUGGCUUUUUUGUUCAAGUUUAUGAUUUUUUUUCUCUUAGUCUUCCUUUGAAGUGAGGAAACGGAGCAGCGUGCAGAGAGCAACAUUCAAGAUGUGGAGAUGCACUGUAUGGAGAGAGUGAGUUAGACAGAGAUGAUGGGGGAGGAGAAAUGAAGAAAGGAUAGUUUUAACACCUCUGCCUGUUUCCUUUCACUUCAUUUGUAUGUGUUGCUUGCUCUAUACACUGCUUCAUGUGUUUUUCAGCUAAGUUACUGAUGGACCGUGUUUUGUUGCUGGUGCUCAUGCCCACUGCCCUCGGCAUCUCCACAAGUACAAGUUCGCAAAUCAGUAAAAUUGUUUCUACACCUACUUAUUCUACUCCUCCCGAAACUACAAGUGAACCCCAAACCAUCCAUAAGCCCAACAUUGUAGUGCUGCCACCUGUAGUGGGCAGGAUAAAGGUGAACUGGAUAAAGACCAACCCGUGUCAAGGUUACAUACUCUUCUUCAUCAAUUUUACACAAAGAGCAACGUAUCUGUGUUCCAAUAAUGACAAAAUUACAAAUACCGACUUGGGUAAUGAGUUAUGUGAGGAGAGGAGAUGUGGAGAGUUCCUUGGUUUCAGGAACAGUUAUACGAUUGGUUAUAUGAUCCAUGAAAACCUAACUGCAACCAGUGACAUUCAUUGCAAAAGAAUACUCCUUACUUGCAAAGAUGUAGACAGCAAAGAACUGGUGGCCUAUAAAGUAAUAACAGGCUUGUUACUGACACUGAUCAUUGCCGUCCUUCUAUGUCGAUUUGCACAGCCAACAUACAUAGCUGUCCGCAAGAGAUUUUCACAGAAGCGGCAGAAUCGUUGGAUCGGCCCAACACAGACUCAGAGUGUGUCCUACCAUAGAGGGCAGGCCAAUUAUCCCAAUAACAAUACAAUGAAGCGGCAGUCCUAUCCUGGUUUGGAAAGACUUACGGUAAAUCCCAGCCGAGAGCCAUCGUCGAACAGGAACAGUGACUACGACUCAUAUGGCGGUUAAACUCCUC